AUGACAGCCAUCCCCUCCAACCUCGUCCAAACCCUCCAAACACACACCUCGCCAGUCAACGCAAUCACCUUCUCCUCCCUCGGCGGCACGUACAUACUCACCGGCUCCUCUGACCGCCAGGUCCACCUCUCUCGCACCGAGCCCUCCAAAAGCACCUCAACAACAACCACAAGCCCCAUACAAAAGUACGCCUCCCACGGCUACCCCGUCCUCUCUAUCGCCGUCACCCGCUCCAAUCAGCAAUUCGCUUCCUCUGGUGGCGAUCGUGCUGUGUUUCUAUGGGACGUCUCCAACGCUGAAGGCACGACCCGCCGGUUUGGAAGCAAUACCUCACAAGCACAUACCUCGCGCAUCACCUGCGUGGAAUUUGCAGGCGCUGAUGAUUCAGUGUUGGUGAGCGGCAGCGAUGACCGCAGCGUCAGGCUGUGGGAUGUCAAGAGUAGAGACGCGAAGCCGCUGAUGGUGUGGGAGGAUGCCAAGGACGGAGUUAGUUGUCUGUCGGUGCCAGACAACGGAGUGGAGGUGUUGAGUGGGAGUAUUGACGGGAGAGUGAGGUGUUAUGAUGUGAGGAUGGGACGGGUCGUGGUCGAUGUUAUGGCGGGGGCGGUGACGAGCCUGGAGCUAGGGAGGGAUGGGAAGACGAUGUUGGUGGGUACGUUGGAUGGGAAGGUGAGGUUGUUUGAUCGGAGGGAUGGGAGUUGUUUGAGAACGUUCCCCAACGAGGACCAGGAGCAGGGGUAUAAGAAUGAAAGUCUAAGACUGAAGAGCUGUCUGGCUAUGAAUGAUGGUUUGGUGCUGAGUGGGAGUGAGGCAGAUGGCAAGGUCAGGGCUUGGGAUGUGCUGUCGGGAAAGAAUGUUGGUGACAUCACCCAAAAUACCACUGGUAAGGUUGUUAGUGUGGUCAGCUGGAGAGAGGGAAGCAAGACUGAGGAGCGGACAGGCGUUUUCGCUGCUGGAGGUGCAGCUGGUACGGUGAGUAUCUAUGGAACAUGA